AUGCCCUGUAUUAAGCAUGAUGACCUGCUUCUGUUUACCUUCCCCUUGAUAUGGUCGGAAGCCCUGGCCUACCUGCGUCGCAUAGGCCUGGAGAUGGCUGCUCCACGGUCCCUUGAGGAAAUUUCCUAUUUAUCUCAAAUCAUUCAAGAGAACCACCAGUUUUGUAGUGUGGAAGUUAGAACUGGUUACUUAGCCUGGAUAGGUGUUCGAUUGAAUACAAGCAGUGGAAAAGUAGAAGAUGCAAGAGGAGAAGAAUACAAAAUGACAAAUAUCUCAAGAACAGAAGACAUUUCAAAUGAUCGAAAUUAUGCUGCCUUAUUUACCUCUGGUGAGCUGCAACUCCGAACGGAAAUGGCUGCAUGUUUCACCGCAAGACAACCGGAACCUGUCGUUUUCUACCUCCAAGCACUCCAUGAACAUACAAAUAUACAACUUGCUCACAUUCUCAAGGCUGGUUUUGUACUCAGCUCCGAAGGCGAGAAAGGCUCUCACUUCCAUGGCAUUGGGCCUUAUAAUAUCCGUCAAGAAGGAAAAUCACCCCUUUGGUGUUUGCAUGAGACCAAUCCAGCAGUAGGUACAAGCAGCAAGGUAGUCUGCACGAUAUCGCAUCUCCUCCCACUUGGCACAAGGAAGUGGACCUCCCAUGGCAACACGUGUCAGAACAAAGAGAACGAGACAAUUGAACUGAUCCUUACGCGCUGCACAGACGACCAAUACACAUGUCCAGACGCUACCUGCAUCGACCUCAGCAGCAGGUGUGACUUCAAGUUUGACUGUCAGGAUAGAUCUGAUGAGAGUAGGUGUGCCACUGCCUUACUGGAUAAGGAUUACCAAAAGGACAUUCCACCUAACAUACCCUUGAGCAUUAAAGCUUACAUUUCCUUUGAAGAUAUCCGAGAAUUCAGCCUUCUGAGCAAGACAUUUGAGGUAUACAUGAACGUAACUUUGCUGUGGUUCGACCCUUGGCUUACUUUCCUUCACCUCGCCUCAGCUGAAGAGAGGGAUGUGGUUACUGCAGAAGGUCAGGAGAUCUGGAAGCCACAUCUGGAAGUCCUGAAAAGCGUGGAGAGCAUAGGCAUUGUGAACCGCUUGUACGUGAAACGCAAGAGUGAAGGCAGCACAUCCCUUUUAGGUUACACAUACAAGGGCAGUGAAAAUCCCCUCAUUCUAGAAAUGGGUUUAAAAUCAAUUGUGAACUGUAACUUUCAGCUUCAGAUGUAUCCUUGGGAUGAGCAAGAAUGUGAAGUGAAGAUCUUGGUGACAAAUGUGCUCCCAGAUGGUGUGAAUGUGAGCCGUGACUCGCAGGUGGUGUAUUGCCCGAUCAUCUUGGACCAAUACCACGUCAGAGGCUGCUCUCUGAGGGAGGGAACUCUGACCCUGUUGCUCCGUCUGUCCCUAUUGGUCGCUUCACUUGCCCGUGGACAAGUUCAACGAGCGAGGCACCAUGAGCCUGACGAUGCUGCUGGUGCUCAUCUCGCUCUACACGGAGACCAGCUCUUCUCUGCCCAGCACGGCCUACCUCAAGCACAUCGACGUGUGGUUUGUCUUCAACAUCUGCUUCCUCACUCUCAUCAUCGGCAUCCACCUGGCCACCUGCAGCAGUGUCAGUGAGGGCACUGGAUCUGACCACCAGUCGACAGGACCCCUUUUCUUGCCUCGUUCCCUGAUCAGGGACAGAGACAAAUCAAGCAAGUUCUCUUACAAGCAUGAGAAGGCUCUGACUGAUCCCUCAUUUGUGCUAGGGGUCAGCAGAGUCGUGUGUGCCAUUAUAUU